ACCAGCGCCCGCCCCCUCAUCGUCUUCCCUCAGCCCGGGGGGCCGCGGCCGCCGCCUGAGGGGAGCCGGACUCCCACAAUGCACCGCGGUGUGGUCUGGGGCAGAUGAGGGGGGGCUGGGGCUAAUUUGGGUGGUUAAGUGCAGAUUUGGAGGCUCCUGGGGCAGCUUUAGCUGGCUAGGUGCAGAUUUGGCGGGCCCUAGGGCAGAUCUGGGAGGUCCUGAGACAGAUUUGGGGGGCCCUGGGGCACAUUCAGGUGGUUAGGCGCAGAUUUGGGGGGCCCUGAGGCAGAUUUGGGGGGCCCUGGGGCACAUUCAGGUGGUUAGGCACAGAUCUGGGGGGCCCUGAGGCAGAUUUGGAGUGCCCUGGGGCAGAUUUAGGUGGUUAGGUGCAGAUUUGGGGGGCCCUGGGACAGAUUUAGGGGGCCAGCGCAGAUUUGGGCAGCCCUGGAGCAGAUCUGGGUAGUUAGGUGCAGUUCUGGGGCGGCCCUAGGGCAGGACUGGGGGCCCCUGGGGCAGAUUAGGUGGUUAGGUGCAGAUCUGGGGGGGCCCUGGGACAGGACUGGGAUCCUGGGGCAGAUUUGGGAGGCCCCAGGGCAAAUUUGGGUGGUUAGGUGCGGAUUUGGGAGUCCCUGAGGAUGAUCUGGGGGGCCUAAGGCAGAUUUAUGUGCUUAGGGGCAGAUUUGGGAGAUCUUGGCACAGCUUGAGGGGCCGGAGAGCAGACUGGGGGGGUUCUGUGAGCAAUGUCAGGGUGCGAGGCUGCUCCCCAGCCAGGGCCCUGGCUCAACCCCGCGGCUUGGCCUCACCCUCCUGGGGAAACGGAGGUGCAGGGCCACAGCCGUCCUACCGCCGCCGCUGCCCGGCCCCAGGCCAACCUCUCAGCCCUGAUUCCUCGCGGUUUUGGGACGGCCGCAGGAGGAAGCAGGCGUGGGCCAAGCAGGCGGGCGCAUCCGGCACGCGGUCCCCGCCGCCGGCUGUGCCCCGCCUCUCCCCACGCAACAGCCCCCGGGCUGGCCUGCGCGGUCACGUCCCUCAGGUCACGUCCCUCAGGAUCGGCGACUCCAGGAACGGCCCCUCGUUUUGCGUCCGCAUCGUCAGCCCUGACGAGCGGAGAGCUCCUGCGCCUCGGGGUCUCUUCGACGGGGCCGUCCCUGAUCCAGACCCCGGAGGAGGAAGAGGAGGAGGAUGAGGCUGGAGUUUCUCCUCUUUGUGGCAGGAGCCAUGGCAGCGCCGAGGCUCUCCCCGCCGCCGCUCGGGCUCCUCUUCCAAGAGGACGGGGGUUCCCCGAAAAUCAGCUGCUUCGCCCCGCAGAGCUACGCCGGCAGCACCUUCGAGCUCUUUGCGACGGGCGCCGAUGUCCCCGCGCAGAGUGUCUCCGCCAACCCGGGUCAGCACAAGGUUGAUUUCACCCUGGAUGGGACCGCGCUGGCCUCCCGGUGCUACCGGUGCAGGUACCGGAGCUAUAACGGCAGCGCCUGGCAGAUGUCGGCAUUCAGCAUGGAGAUUGUGGUGAACGCCUCGGGUGACGCCGGCUGUCAUCCCCCCACCGCCGCCCCGACCGGCCGUCCUCUGCCGACCUCCACCACUCUGCGGCAAGAUCGUUCCUGGCUUCUCCCAGUUGCCAUCAGCGUGGCCGGCCUGGUGCUGCUGCUGCUGGCAGCGGCGGCGGUGGUGGCCUGUCGAGUCAAGGCCAGGAGACAGCGGGCAAAGAGGCAGCAGGCGUCUUGCUGGACGGAAACGCGGUACCCCACCACCGAGCUUUCCUAUGACAACUGCGUCUACGCCGUCAGCGUGAAUGCGCAGCCAGGAGCCGCCGACGGCACCGGCACACCCCCGGUGUCCCCACAGAGAUACCCCCAGGCGUCCCCCCCCAUGGCAUCCCACUUCAGCACCUUCAGGUCCUUGGCAUGAGCCCCGGCGGGGCCGUGUCUGCCGGAGCUCCCCACGGCACCAGAGCCCAGCUCCUCCUUCUGCCGGGGAGCACGAGGAGCUCCCGGCCCAACCGCGAGGGAAGGGGCUGCGUGAAGUCAAGGUCGGUGAGGCGCCGGCACGCCGCGGCACCACGCCGGCUGGGGGACGUGCCGGGGGCUUCCCGGAGCUGCCCACGAGACCCCCGGCACGGGAGAGGUGCCGACGCACCGCCGGCGGUUCAACACCAGAGCCGGCAAAGGGCCCUCCUCUUCCUCGCACCUUUGCCACCGGGGAGGCGGUGGGCGCGCGGCAGAGCUGGGCUGGGCGCCCCAAAUCGCGGUGACUCUGUGCCGGGGCGUCUCUGCUGGCACUGGAGCCGGCUCUGGUUACAAUAAAGGUGUUUGCCGCCA